CACGCCGCCCGAGAUAGCCGUUUGGUAUGGCGCGACCACACGAAGCUCAAUUGUGUCGCGAGGCGAUCUUCAUGUGCCAAUGUGGCACCAACCGUGACUCGGCUGUUCACAUCCGGUCUACUAUUCCACUCUAUCAUUUCACACGUCUGCGCCCACUUGCCUGCCAGACUUGUGGGUUAUUGUUGUCUCUUUUCUCCUCAUUCGCGCCCCCCCUCCCAACCAGCCGCCGGUCCUUGUCGCCGUGAGGCGGGCCUCGACUUCUGGUUGCCGUUCGCCGAUGAGACGGACACGAAUGGCUCGUCAACUCGUCCUAUGCCCCAGCAACAGUCGCUGGCUUCAGCAAAAGCAGUCGUCGGGCGUCGACGGGGCCAGACUUCGCCGCCCGUGGAACCCCGCGCCCUGGCCACAGGCGAUCCUCGGCCCAUGAAACCACCUCGUCGACUCUCCGGCACUCGGUCUCCGGGGCCGACCACCUCAUCUGUCUUUGGAAGUCUUCGUGGCAGAUAUGACAAUGGAGAGUAA